AGACGCACCAGGGAGGAAAGACGCACCGGAGAGCCGACGCACAGACCACCGUUAGAACAUGUCUGUAGAGAGGAUAUUCGACGAACUCGGACAUUUCAAAAGAUUUCAGGCAUGUCUGUACUUUGUCGCAGUCUUCCAGGCCAUAGCCUGUGGGAUCCACUACCUGGCCUCUGUCUUCUUAGUGCAGACACCAAACUUUGUGUGCAGUGUGCCUGGCAACAUCACCGAAGUCCUGUACGGUAACCUGACAGGGUCUAGCCUGGAAGACAUCUUGCCAGUCUUCAAGAUGGGUACUUGGCCGUUGGUGGUGAGGACGACUGAAGGCGAACAGUGGGAGCUCAGCCAGUGCCACUGCGCCCUGCGCAUCAACCCAAAUGACUUUACGUACGACUUUGAUGGCAACAAAACAGUGAAAGCCUGCGAUGGGAACUUUGUUUACGACCACACUGAAGUUCAACAAAGCAUUGUGACGGACUGGGACUUGGUGUGUGAGAGAGAGUGGCUGGCCAAGCUGUGCCAACCCACCUUCAUGAUGGGGGUGCUAAUCGGAGCGCUGGUGUUUGGGGACAUUGCUGACAGAGUUGGUCGUGUGAAGAUCCUGAUGUUCAACAGCCUCUGUCAGUUUGGGCUCGGGGUGGCUAUAGCGUUCUCUGGAAACUACUAUUUCUUUCUGGUGCUCCGCUUCCUCCUUGCCAUGGUGUCCAGUGGCUACCUCGUAGUGGUGUUUGUCUAUGUCACGGAGUUCACUGGAAUUAAAGUACGCACAUGGACCUCUAUGCACGUGCAUGCAGCCUUUGCUGUUGGCAUCAUGGUGGUGGCUCUGACCGGUUACUUGGUGCGGGUCUGGUGGAUCUACCAGAUCAUCCUAUCCACAUGCACAUCGCCCUUCCUGCUCUUCUGCUGGAAGUUUCCAGAGACGCCCUUUUAUUUGAUGGCCAAGGGCCGUUACAAGGACGCUCAGACCCUGCUGGACGCAAUGGCCCGCUUCAACGGCCUUGAAUGCAGGCUGAAGGUGCAGGAACUCCUGGAGCCGGAGGAAAGAGAGAACUGCAAAGCUCUGCUGGAUGAGGAGCGGCCAUCACAGCCCGAAAAGAAGCUGUCUAUUCUGGAUCUUUUCAGCACCUGGAGGAUGGCUGGCCGUACAUGCACAGUGUGGGCCAUCUGGUUCGUCGGCAGUCUGGGCUACUACGUCUUCUCUUUGGGCUCAGUCAACCUAGGAGGAAACCAGUACGUGAACCUCUUCCUUGCUGGUGCAGUGGAGCUUCCCUCUUAUCUGGUUGGCUGUUUUGCAAUGGACCGGAUUGGCAGGAAGAAUACCUGUGCCCCAGCUCUCCUGCUGGCCGGGGUCGCUUGUAUGCUCAUCAUUGUGGUACCUGCUGACAUCAAUGCGCUGGCCAUUGCUCUCUCUAUGACAGGGAAGUUUGCCAUCGCUAUCGCCUUUGGUCUCAUCUACCUGUAUACCUGUGAGCUUUACCCGACCAUCAUCAGGUCUCUUGCCGUGGGUAGUGGAAGUAUGAUGUGCCGUGUUGGCAGUGUGGUGGCACCCUUCUGCGUGUACUUGGCUGAUGUCUGGAUCUACCUACCACAGCUUAUCGUGGGAAUCCUGGCAUUCAUUAUCGGAGUGCUGACACUGUUGUUGCCUGAGACCCUUGGCAGACCUCUAACAACCACUUUGGAAGAGGCUGAAGCUCUGGGAUGCCAGCCCAGCAAGAAGGACUCUGCCCUGGGCAAUAAAGAUGCUGAGGACAGGUUGGAUAUGAACCACCUGGAAGCCAAGGCCUGAGUUUAAAACUGCUGGAAAUCACGAGAGCCUGAUACACAAAAGCUGAUAUAUUUACAACAUCAUGACUUAGUGGAUUGUUGGAAAGAAAAACAAAACACUUUUAUCAGAACUUGAAAUUAGGUUUUUGUUGAUUUAUUUCUGCAAAGAGACCAACAGACGUACUUUUAGGUUCCUGAAACAUUACACAAACCCUUCUGCAUGUAUACAGAUCACAGUUAUAUAAUAAUGCGUGGUCUAUGUAUGUGUGUCCAAGACCAAGGAAACAUGAAGGAUAUUAAUGGAUUGUUAUUGUUCAUGAAAACUUCAGCCUUAAUUAUGUAGUUUUGCCUAUGAUUCUAUUAUUUAUGAUAACUUUGUAUUGGCCAUAGUAACUGAUGGGAUCUAGCAGAACUGUGACAAGAAACACCAGCAGUUAGGCAACGAGACACGUUGUGAACAAAUUAUCAAAACUUCUUGCUGUAGGUCGAAGUUGAACCAGAAAAUGUGAUGGAUGUUCACAAUGGACAGUUUGGAUGCUAAUUUUAAACUUUGCAUUUGUUUUCAAAAGUUCAGCUGGCCUGUUUUGUUCUGUAAAGGUGUAUGAACUCAGAUCUCAAAAACUUACUUUAUAUGUACACCAUUGUUGAUAUCAUAUAUAGCCAAAACUGCAAAAAUAAGACCCAAGUUGUAUUAAAGUGGAAUUAGCAUUUAAUAAAAGAAAGUGAUCCUUAUAUUCCAUUUAAAAGCUUUUUAUUAUGUACAACUCUAUUUGUUCUUUUGAUCUCAGGGCAUUUAGUUUUGGAUAAUACUGUGAAAUGAGCCUUUGUACAUUUUACUUUUACACUCAGUCUGACAUAAUCCUCUAUUCCAUCUAGUUAAAGAUGCCAUUGCUUAACUUUAACUUUGUUAUGUAAUAUGAGUGUUUGUGUUUGUCUGUGGUUGUUAGUAACUACAAUAGUUAGUGUCCUAGUUUUCUACAUGCCUGUUCUGUGUAUGCAAGCUAUGUGCUAAAAUGUAAAUUGAGUAAUAAUACAUUACAGAAUGUUCAAAAGUCAAGAUGUGAUCUCCUGAUGUUUGGACCAAAGACAGGAAGGAACCACAACAGUGUGGAGAUGUAUUCACCUGCUUUGCAAUAUUGUAGUAUACUACUAGCAUUGUUUUUUGUGUCAUAUCAAACCAGCAUGGUGCUUUAAUCUGAAGGAAAAGAAUAAAUCAUGAAAAUCAAUAGAUAUGUUAACAGUGACAACAUUUGAUCAUCAGGCUCAGUAUUAAAUCCUGAACAGUUUUACAAUCAGCAGUAUGUUUUUUUUGUUUGAACGUUUUAUUUUUUUAUUUUCAUUAUGGGCAAAUAAAUGAAAUGGCCAACACUC